AUGAACUCAGCACGAGCCACAGCAGUGAACGGAGGUUCAGGAGUAGAGAGCACUCCCGCGAACAAUGUCGGUGGUGACAGAAGAGGUUCAGCAUCAUCAGGAAUGUUCUCCGGUCUCAUGAGCCAGAAACGCAACAGUACCGAUGCUGCAGCGGCAGCAAGGCGAGAGAGCUUCCAUGAGAUGAAGCCUGCCUCCGGCUUCAUUGGAAAGAUGUGGCAUAAGUACGUUCACGACUAUGAGAUAUCUAUAGGACGAUGCUGA